CUUCAAGAAACCACAGCUUUUCCUCUCCAUAGUGUGAUUGGCUCACCGUGGCCCCAGAACCCUAAAAGUUCACGGUACUAAAUCUGGAGGGCCUGUGAGGGACAGGGGGCGGGACCUAGCUGCCCCGUUUAAAGUGUGUCUGAACCUUCACUAGACGUCUAGUCUCUCUGUUGGGGUGCACGCGGAUUGACCACACCUUUGGGCUUUUCUAUUUUCCUUGGAUAUUAAGGGGGAAAGCUAAUCCACAAACAUGACUGACGCGCAACAAGAGGCCCGCUCCUACCUGAGCGAGGAGAUGCUGGCUGAGUUCAAAGCCGCCUUCGACAUGUUUGACACCGACGGUGGCGGUGAUAUCAGCACCAAGGAGUUGGGUACCGUGAUGAGAAUGCUGGGUCAGAACCCGACAAGAGAGGAGUUGGAUGAAAUCAUCGAGGAGGUCGAUGAGGACGGUAGCGGUACCAUUGACUUCGAGGAGUUCUUGGUCAUGAUGGUGAGGCUGCUCAAGGAGGACCAGGCCGGCAAGAGCGAGGAAGAGUUGGCAGAGUGCUUCCGUGUGUUCGACAAGAACGGCGACGGCUACAUCGACAGAGAGGAGUUCGCACUCAUCAUCCGCAGCACUGGCGAGCCCAUCACAGAGGAUGAGAUUGACGAGCUGAUGAAGGAUGGAGACAAAAACUCUGAUGGCAUGCUCGACUUUGACGAAUUCCUCAAGAUGAUGGAGAAUGUGCAGUAAAACCAGAAAGACUCAUGGACAUUCCUCCACCCCCUUUACCCCUCACUGACACACUCAAACCACCCCCUCACCUCCCGUCCUCCCUCCUGUCCACCUGAUCCUUGUAGACAUCCUCAACAGAGAGCUAGGACACACACUGGUGGGUUGCCGGCUGGGAUACACCCUUCCUCAGCUGGGGUUGUGAAAGCAGAAAGCCCUUUGGAUGCAGUGAGGAAAAUUCAGUGCACACUGCGUUAUCAUCAGCGACCCACCCUCCUGCUGGUUAAGCUCUGAUCUAGAUAUAGUCUAGAUAGAACUGCAGCCUGUGACCUGCUGCUUAGACCAAUUCAACCACUACACUGUACAAAGAAGUAAUUUGCUUGAACAGAAUAAAUGAACUAACACAUGCUCACUUGUAGUUGGUCUGUCAUAUUUAUGGUCUGUGUAAAAAAUUUUGUUUUGAGGAAAUCAAUAAAAUCUGUUUGUUUCUUC